UAUGAUACAUCUCCCCCUGAGUACAGGUUGAGAUAGAAGAGGGCCGGGGACGUGGAAAGAAAAAAACACAAAAUUAAAAUAUUUUUCUAGGCAAGUAGGUUGAUGAAAGGUGUGGUCUGUUUUGUUUGGCCAAAAACGAUACUUUCCCGUGUUGCAGAUCAAGUCGGUGCUGCCUCGGGACUCUGCUCCGCAGACAGGUGCAGGAGGGAUCACAUCAACCGCUUCAGACAGUCUCCUCUGGCAGCUUUUGCGCACUGCAGCCAGGAUUGCAAACUCUUCGUCCACCAUUUUUCUCCAGCGGAGUUUUAUAACUUUUUGGAUCCAGAGAUGAGUCUAUACGGGUCCCAGAGGGUGCUUUAUGUCAGCCGCAGUAUCGGGUCCAGGCCCGACCUGAGCGGCAGAACUGGACAAUAUGCCCAGAGCGAAGUGCACGGUGGUAGUGGAUACGGACAGGAGUACAUGGACGAUAAUACUUACAGCUCCUCAAAGGAUUCCUUGCGAGGUGGUGGUGGAGGACAGGGACAGUUCCCCCUCAGUGGCCUCCACCAGAAAGCGUACAUCCUGCAGGGCCAGUGUCAGGACAACCUGAGGAACGCAGAACACUACCUACAGGCUGGCAGCGAUUCUGGGCGCGGCACAGUAGAGGCAGGUCACUACAUGGCCCUGGCCAGAGAGACCAUAGAGCAGCUGAAGGCAUGUGCUCUGGACCUCAGACAGAUGGGACAACCCAAUGACAGCGUGGUCCGAAGGUUAGACACACUAUGAGAUGACCACCACUACCGCAUACAGAUAAACCAAUAUCCAUUCUCCUUGUUUCUCUCUCUAUUCCCCAUUCCCUCUCACUGUUUGAGGUCAGACACGCAAAACAGAUGACUAAUAUUGCUCCGUACAAUAUACCUCUCUUUCCCUUUUUCCUCUACACUGUUAGGGUUACGCAGGUGUUUGUUUAUUAUUCCUCUACACUGUCAGGUGUUCGUUUAUUAUUCCUCUACACUGUCAGGUGUUUGUUUAUUAUUCCUCUACACUGUCUGGUGUUCGUUUAUUAUUCCUCUACACUGUCUGGUGUUCGUUUAUUAUUCCUCUACACUGUCAGGUGUUCGUUUAUUAUUCCUCUAUACUGUUAGGUGUUCGUUUAUUAUUCCUCUACACUGUUAGGUGUUCGUUUAUUAUUCCUCUACACUGUCAGGUGUUCGUUUAUUAUUCCUCUACACUGUUAGGUGUUCGUUUAUUAUUCCUCUAUACUGUCAGGUGUUCGUUUAUUAUUCCUCUACACUGCCAGGUGUUCGU